UUUGUCCUGGGUGGAGGGAGGGAGACCCUGAAAGGAAAGAACUCAGUUAGUGACGCUUAGGAGAGGCUUAUCUGCUCACAGAUCACAAACCGCUGUGAUCUGAAGAAAAAUUGUUUCGGGAGGAAUCGACUUGAAAGUUGAUUCUGGUCUUUUCUGGAGAAGCCCCUUCUUUCGCCCGGGCAAGCACUUCCGGGUUCCUUCUACUCUGCAGCUGUGAUGCACCUUGCAAACAGAUUCUGUCUAGUCAUGAGUGAAAACUGAGUGCUUUCAACCAUCAUAUUAUCUACCUUGAAGGAUACUUAGUGGCUGUCUUGUCCUGAGUUACCUUGGAGAACUGAUCACCAUUGUUUUAUAAUCUGGCUAGCCAUCCGGCAGUCCUUAAGAAAGAAGAGCCUCAGAGAUUAGGACGGGAAAAGAUACAGGGCAUCUGAGCAUAAUGCCCUCAACAGGUCCGAUGGAUGUACAGAAGGAGGCCACUUGCCUUGUCUGCCAAGAGCUUUUGACACAAGCCCUGAGUCUAGGCUGUGGCCACCAUGUAUGCCAAGCCUGCCUCACCAUGAACCAGAGUGCAGUGAUCAACCCCAGAGGGAAAAGCAGCUGUCCUGUGUGUGGGACUAGAUUCUCAUUUGAAAAUCUACAGGCUAAUAAGCAUCUGGCAGAUGUAGUAGAGAGACUCAGGGAAGUCAAGUUGAACCCUGACAUUGGGGAAAAGAGAGAUCUCUGUGUACACCAUGGAGAGAAACUCCUUCUCUUCUGUAAGGAGGACAAGAAGGUCAUUUGCUGGGUUUGUGAGCGUUCUCAGGAGCAUCGUGGUCACCACACAUUCCUCCGGGAUGAAGCAGUCAGGGAAUGUCAGGAGAAUCUCCAGAAAGCUCUCAAGAGGCUGAGGAAGGAGCAGGAGAAGGUCGAGACAUUGGAAGCUGACAUCAAAGAAGACAGAAUUUCCUGGAAGCGCCAGAUCCAGACUGAGAGACAAAGGAUACAAACAGGCUUUAAUCAGCUUAGAAGAAUCCUGGACAAGGAGGAACAGAGAGAGCUGAAAAGACUCAGGGAAGAGGAGAAGAUGAUACUAGACAGCCUGGCGGGGGCAGAGGCUGAGCUGGUUGAACAGAGCCAGUUGGUGGAGGAACUUAUCUCCGAUCUAGAGCGUCGGUGUGAGUGGUCAGACACAGAGCUGCUGCAGGAUAUGAGCGGUAUCCUGAAAUGGAGUCAGAUCUGGACAUUGAAGAAGCCAAAAGCAGUUUCUAAGAAACUGAAGGUGGUAUUCCAAGCUCCUGAUCUGAGUGGCGUGCUACAGAAGUUUAGAGAGCUAACAGCUAUCCGGGCCUACUGGGAGGACUUCACAUUUAAUCCAAAAAACCUAAAUUUGAAUCUUAUACUUUCAGAAGACCACAGACAAGUGACAUCUGUGUCCAUUUGGCCCUUUAAAUGUUGUAACAAUGGUAUCUUGGGCUCCAAAUGUUUUUCCUCAGGAAAACAUUACUGGGAAGUGGACGUGUCUGAAAAAAAUGCCUGGACCUUGGGAGUUUACACUAGAAAACGAACGUCGAUGUUUGAUGUUAGACGAUGCAAAAGUCAGCCAAAUGGUUAUCACAGAUACAAACCACAGAAUGGGUACUGGGUUAUAGGGUUACAGGAUGCAUCCAAGUAUAGUAUCUUUGAGGAUUCUUCCAAGUGUGACCCUACUGUUCUGAACCCCUUUGUGGCUACCCCUCUCCAUCGGGUUGGGGUUUUCCUUGACUGUGAAGAGGGCAUAGUGUCCUUCUUCAAUGUCACAAACCAUGGGUCACUCAUUUAUAAGUUUUCCCAGUGCUGCUUUUCCCAACCUGCCUAUCCAUACUUUAAUCCUUGGGACUGUCCGGCCCCCAUGACCCUAUGUACUUUGAACUCCUGAGUUUUCUCAUUCUCAUCAAUUUCUGGUCUUACUUCUUGCCUUGAUGCUCACCUUCUGGAUGUACCUGUGCUGUUCAGGCAUCUCUUCUCAUGGUCUCCCUUCUGUCUAUCAUGCUUGGAUGUGGUCUAUCUGGCAUCGUUUAGAAGAGAUGCUUGCCAUUUACUCUAUCUCAUAUUCUCAAAGACAGCUAAUCAAGCCUAAAGCUAGGCCAGUAUACCAUCUGUGCCCUCCGACUUCUGUACUUCCCUUCGCCUUGAAGAAAAGUGACAAAGUCUGUUAGCCACUAACUCACCCCUGUUGUUUAAGAGAAUCCGUAAGAACUGACCCCUGACCACGACUAACAUGUUUUUAACAAUAUGUUGCUCAGAAUACCUCACAUUCAACAGGAAGUCAAGGAAUAGAAAAUAUGAACAGCAAUAUGUAGCCUAGAGUUGAGGUCAUGUCUAGUGUGAAAAUUCAAAUGCUGCCUCUUAAAAACUUAUAAUUGAAGUGCAUCUGACUUAAGAUCAUUUUAUGAAACUAGAUAUAUGUAAAUAUAAAAUACCCAUUUGAUUGUCUUGUACAUAAUACAUGGGCCUGUAGGCCGUUGCACCAAAUGAAAUAUUUUGUGGGAUGUUUGGAGUACUUUAAAUACCUGAUGUCUUCAAAUGCUAGUUUGUCUUCGUUGCCAGCUUGAUUCCAUAUGUAUAAUCUCAGGUAAAGUUUGUUUGAUUGUAAAAAAAAAAAAAGGUUGGUCUUCAGCGUCAUUCUAAAGUAUUACAAUACAUUUGCAGGUAAAUAUUUAAUCUGUCCAUUUUUAUUGUUAUUAGCCAAAUUCAGUUUGGGAGAAAUAAAUGGAACAUCAGAUUAUUGGAGAAAUCAAGUAA